AUGGAUACUAUUGGCUUUGGUGACACUGGAAUCGACCCUAAAGAGUUGAUCAAGAAGACUGCUGCCGCCAUUCUCGAUUUCAAUGGAGGCAUCAACGUCUUUAUCUUUGUAUACGAGUCGUGCUUUGGCAAAGUGGAGCGUGACGCAUUAGACAUGCUCAAGGAUACUCUGUUCGCCGAUCAAGCGAUACUCAAUCACAUAUUGAUCGUUCGGACAAAGUUUGAAGACUUUGAUGAUCCUUCAGCUUGUGAUGCCGACAUUGCGGACCUGAAUGACAUUGAACACUUUGCGCCCUAUCAUCAAUGCCCUGUUGAACAUGUAGAUAAUCGAACUUACAAAAUAGACCCGAGCGGCGCGGCCAGGGCACAGUCCAGGGUGAUCAUACUCAAUCACAUCAGACAGAGGUUCCUUCAUUCAUCCUACAAUCCCAAUCUCGAUCAACUGAUGCACCGCGUCGAUAGUUGGAAGACAGUGGAGGAGCGACUGGAAGAUCAACGACAGGAGACACUCAGAUUGGAGAUGGAAGUCAGACUGCGAGAGGAAGAAGCAAACAUGAGACUGGAACAACAAAGAUUGGAGGCAUUGGUCAGAGAGAAGGAAGAGCGCGAGAGACAAUUGGAGGAUAUCAAGAGAAACCUCGGUAAAUAUAUCAAGAGCAGUGUCGCUUUGGAGUCGACCAAGGCUCAUGUGGAUCAGCUGCAAGAUAAGAUCGUCAAGGAGAUUGCGGACCUAGGUGGCAACCCUUUUCUCCGCGCCGUCUUCAAGAAUCUGGAUCAGAAGAAGGUCUAA